AUGUCCCUGUCUCGAUCACCCUCGCCCCGGCCGGGCGGGGGGUGGUCCAGCCCAGGCCUGACAGCUGGCGGCGGCGGCGGCGGCAGCAGCAGCGGGACAUCGACGCCGCGCAGUCCCAACGGGCCUGGUGGCCUCUCGUGGGCAGCGGCCAAGGCCAAAAGCGACGAGGUCAGAAGCUACCCGUCCUUUGCUACGCGUAAUAAUGGCUUCUUCUCCCGCCAGAAACGCAAGAUCUCCGCCAGCCUGCCGCGGUUUCGCAUCACCCCGACGACAACGUAUAAUGAUUAUCACGAGAAGAACAAGAGGAAGCACCAGCAGGGCAGGUACGGACACGAGCCCUGGCGCCAGGAAAACCAGCGCGGUCCGAUGCGGUUCUUACGCUCGAUCACACGUCUAAAACGGACACGCUUUUUGCUGGGGCUGAUCGUGGUGUGGAUUGGAUACCUGCUGCUCUGGACUUUCUUUGUAGAAACGUACCGACGCUCGGCGCUCGGGGGAGGACGCAAAUUCGUUAUCGUGCUGGCCUCGAACGUCGAAGGAGGUGUGAUGGAGUGGAAGGGUGCGCGUGAGUGGGCUGUCGAGCGGAAUAGCAUUCGGAACAAGAAGAAAUACGCCCAGAGAUGGGGCUACGAGCUCGAGAUCGUCAACAUGCUCGCUCGUAAGAAGUACUCGCAUGAGUGGCGCGAGAGCUGGGAGAAGGUCGAUGUGCUCCGGGAAACGAUGCGCAAGUACCCGGAUGCAGAGUGGUUCUGGUGGCUGGAUCUAGAUACAUGGAUCAUGGAGUACUCGUACUCGUUACAGGACCAUAUAUUCGACCAUCUCGAGACGAAGAGCUAUCGCGACAUCAACGUGUACAACCCGCUGAACAUCACCCACCCACGGACAGACUUCUACCUGGACGCGCUGGCGCGGUCUUCCACGGCAGACCACGACCCACGCUCCAUCGAGAUUCUCCUCUCGCAAGACUGCGGCGGCUUCAAUCUCGGCUCUUUUUUCAUCCGCCGCUCCAUCUGGACGGACCGUCUCCUGGAUGCCUGGUGGGACCCGGUCAUGUACGAGCAGAAACACAUGGAAUGGGAGCACAAGGAGCAGGACUCGCUGGAAUACCUGUACGCCAGCCAGCCGUGGAUCCGGUCACGCCUCGCCUUCGCGCCCCAGCGACUGCUCAACUCCUUCCCCCCUGGCGCGUGCGGCGACGGCUUCGACCCCGCCGUGCACUACCAGGAGAAGAACCGGGACUUCCUCGUCAACAUGGCCGGCUGUCAGUUCGGCCGUGACUGCUGGGGCGAGAUGUAUCAGUACCGCGAGCUUAGCAACUGGCUGAACCGCACCCGGUGGGAACGCUUCAAGGAGGGUCUCUGGGCCAUCUACUUGACCCUCACGGGCCAACCGUCACUACCGCGCCCUCGACAACCUCCACCGAUACGACACGAAGAGAUUCAGGAGAUAAAAUAG